AUGGCUUGGAGGCAGUGGAGGAAGGACGACGACAAGCUCUUUGAGACUGCUCUUGUGCUUUUCCCCGAGAAUUUUCCGAAUAGGUUUCAGGCUAUCGCCGAUCAUCUCCAAAUACCGGUGGAGGAGGUGAUGUUCUACUACGACGCUUUGGUCCACGAUAUUGAGCUGAUCGAAUCGGAUUGUUUUCCUAUAGCCGAUUACCCGGUUUAUUGGGAGACGGGUCAGACGUCAUCCCAGUCCACAUACAUCGACAAGCAGAGAAAGAGGGGAGUUGCUUGGUCACAAGAGGAACGCAAGUUGUUUCUGGAAGGAUUAGACAAGAAAGGGAAAGGUGAUUGGAAAGGAAUAGCGAGGGACUAUGUGAAGACAAGGAGCGCAACACAAGUCGCAAGCCAUGCACAGAAGUAUUACUUGAGGCAGCAAAACGUGGGGAGUAAGGCAAAGAAACGUGUGAGCAUCCAUGACACAACUUCGGUAGAUGCUGACAAUUCAACCGUCCCUCGGUCCGAUUUCGGCUCUAUGACGACGAACCAGCCACAUUUCGGUCAGCAGAUGCCUAUAGAUGAUGACAAAUAUGAAGUUUUCGACUGA